AGCGCCCGGCCGGCCAGACAGCUGAAAGCGGCGGCCGCGCUCACGCACCUCGCAGGAGCCGGGUACAAAGUGAUUUUUUUUAAAACUGGAGUAUAUGAAGAGCUUGGUCCCAUUGGAAAGAAAGACAGGUAGAAAUGUCUGCCCAGAGGUUAAUUUCUAACAGGACAUCCCAGCAAUCUGCAUCUAAUUCUGAUUAUACCUGGGAAUAUGAGUAUUAUGAGGUUGGACCAGUUUCCUUUGAAGGACUGAAGGCUCACAAAUAUUCCAUUGUGAUUGGAUUUUGGGUUGGUCUUGCAGUCUUCGUGAUUUUUAUGUUUUUUGUGCUGACUCUGCUGACCAAGACAGGAGCCCCACACCAAGACAAUGCAGAGUCUUCGGAGAAGAGAUUCAGGAUGAACAGCUUUGUGUCAGACUUUGGAAAGCCCCUGGAGCCCGAUAAGGUGUUCUCUCCACAGGGCAAUGAGGAAUCCAGGUCCUUCUUUCACUGCUACAUCAGUGAAGUGGACCCCUUGGAGAAGGCCAAAGCUUGUCUCCAGACCACGGCCCUCGACAGUGAAGUUCAUCUCCAGGAAGCCAUCAGAUGCAGUGGGCGGCCAGAGGAGGAGCUGAACAGGCUCAUGAAAUUCGACAUCCCCAACUUCGUCAACACCGACCAGAACUCCUUUGGGGAAGAUGAUCUCCUGAUUUCUGAAACACCUAUUGUUCUAGAAAAUAAGCCAGUGGUCCAGACCUCACACAAAGAGUUGGACUGAGAAGCACAUUUUAUCAGGUGUCUUCCUGAAAAUGCUGGGUUUGUCAUUGAAUAGCCAGAAAUCUCUGUUCAUCGAGAUUGUGUGUGUGUUUGUGUAUGAGACAGACAGACAGAGGCAGAAAGACAGAGAAGAGAACCCCCUGAGAAGAAAGAUGGUGGAGCUGAGUUUUCAUGCCUUUAAACAUAUUUGGAACUUUUGGGGGAACCAAAUAUUUACACUAUCUCAUCUUCCUUGUUGAGAACUUGGUCACGUAUUCGGCAUCAGCGUUCACGAAUGGGGUUUGAUGUGCUGCAUUUCCUGUCUGGCCCAGCCUCUACCAUGCUCUACCUUUAGCAAGUUACUUUGAUUCUCUGGGAUGCCACCUUUUUAUCUGUAAGGUGAGGAGUCUGGAGUAGAUGAUCCAAUAAUUUGUGGACUUUUGACUUUGUAUUCACAUGAGGCUGGAAAUACCCAAAAUUAUAUAAACUAGAGGCUGCCCCCUGGUUCUUGUUAUAACAUUCCCCCAGGUCUGUACCUCUCUCUCAACCCUUAAUUGAACCCAGCUUAUGUCAGGGGCUCGAGCAUCUCCCGGGAUGUCAGGAGACCUUGCCUCUCAUGGUCACUGUGGCCAAAUUUAUAGCGCUUUGCUAAAACAGCUCAAACCUGGAGACAGCCCCCACACCCCAUGCCCCAAGAUGAGCACCUUAUAUUACAGUCCCACCCCCCAGAUGUAUGGCAGGCUGUGAGCUGAGUCAAAGGAAGUGUGUUCUGUGUCCCCGUGUCAGUGUGGCUGUGAUUGGUCACCCUGCUGCGUCACUGGCCGGUGAACAAGCAGAGUGCUCUUUGCCAGGCAGAUGUGUGGGUGAUGGCUGUGUGGCGGGUGUGUAGCCUUGGAGGUGGGAUGGUGAAAGGGUUAUAAACACCCCAUCAACCAACAUUCCAGGCAACAUGAGGGUUAAUUUCAUGAAGGAAUGAAAUCUGCACACUGUUUUGGAAAUGACUUUGGAGUUAAUUUCAUGAAGGAAUGAAAUCUGCGCACUGUUUUGGAAAUGACUUUGGAGUUAAUUUCAUGAAGGAAUGAAAUCUGCACACUGUUUUGGAAAUGACUUUGUUUUGCAGAGUCACAUUGCAUGCAUGGCCAGCUACUAACCUCUGGGUGGCAUUUUCAAUAUGGACUUUCAUUUACCACCUGUCUUGCUUAAACUGAAAAAUAAAUACAUUUAUCGCACCAUAAUUUUCUCUGGUUGUUUUCACACAAAGAAAAAAAUUUUCAUUUUAUUUAAAAACAGUCCCACGUUUACAAUGCCUCCUAAUUUCUGUCAUCUCUAGGAUCCUAGUGGUAUAAGUCAUGUAACAAAUUUCUUUUAGGAUUUAUUCCACCAAAAGAAAUCCCUUUCCCAUAAUGUCUUUUGAGGAAAAUAGUAUUAAGACUCAAAGCAUGUGACACUUCUUAUGGUUAAUAUACAUUCUUGUAAAAAGAAACUUCCUGUUUUCAUUAAAGACUGCUGAUUUUAAUGGCUUUUAUGAAUGUGAAUAUUAUUAUUCAUAAUUUAAGUAAUUGAAUAUAAACCACAGUUAUCUAUUAUUAGGAUGCAAAACUAUUUAAGUGGCUUUUUAGUUAAAAGUAGAUUUAUUAGAAGACUGACAGAUAUUUAAAAGAUAGAAGAAUAUUCAUGGCUAUAUACCAUUGUUCUUAUUGACUAAGUGUCAAGAAUUGUGAAGGGUCUAAGAUCUGACCCCUCUUUCAAGCUUACAAGCUAUCAUGACACAGUUCUGUGGAAGCUGGCAGAAGGCACGAGACUGCUGGGUCAGAGACAAAGAACUUCACGAUGGCAUAGCAGGCCGCGUGUGCUUCAUGUUCAGGGUGGUUCCUGAGUCCAUUUGCUGUUGCUCUUGUAACAAAGGACCACUCACUCGUGACUUAAAGCAGCCCACCGUUAUUGUCUUACCGUUCUCAAGUGCAGAAGUGCGAGAUCCGUGACAGUGGGCUAGGAUCAAGGUUUCAUCAGGGCUGUGUUCCGUGUGGAGGCUCUAGCGAAGGAUCCAUUUCUUGUCUUUUUCAGCUUCCAGAGGCUGUUCACAUUUUUUGGCUCAUAGCCCUGUAUCACUGUCACCUCUUCCCACUUCACCUCUCUGUCUCUGACCAUCCUGCCUCUCUCCUAUAAGACCUUUGUAAUAACAUUGGAUUACCCACAGUAGUCUCUCAUCUCAAGAUUCUUAACUUAAUCACAUCCACAAAGUCCUUUUCACCAU